CGUGCAGGAAGCCGCAAAACAUGGAAGAUCCUCUACCUAAUGACAAUGCCGACUCUGAAGUUGUAAGGUCAACAAGAGAGGUGCCGCCUGCUCACUACACAAUUAAGGUCGAUUCGUUCUCGCUGUUGUCUAACAUAUUAUCUGCGUCUGAAGUGGAGAAAUAUGAAUCUGAUAUGUUUGAAGCUGGUGGCUAUAAGUGGAAACUGUUACUGUAUCCCAGAGGAAGGACAGAAAGAAAUGCAAAUGGAUACGUAUCUCUCUACUUGGAAAUUGCAGAAACAGAUACUUUGCCACUUGGUUGGGAAAUGAAUGUGAAAUUCAGCAUUUUCGUUUAUGAUCAACUUCGAGACAAGUAUUUGACAUUCCAAGAUGGCCAUGGUGGAAUGGUGCGAUUCCAUGGGAUGAAGACGGAGCAUGGGUUUGCUCGAUUGCUUUCCCUUGAGAACUUCAGCAAUGCAUCAAAUGGAUACCUAGUAGAUGAUUCAUGCAUAUUUGGCGCUGAGAUUUUUGUUAUCAAGUCUACUGGCAAUGGAGAGUGUGUAUCCGUAGUAAAAACAGGUGAUGACAACUUUCAUUCAUGGAAGCUGGAGAAAUUUUCAGCUUUGAAUACGAAGCGAUGUUGGUCUGAAGAGUUCACGAGUGCAGGGCAAAAAUGGAAGCUAGCAGUUUAUCCAAAAGGAUAUUCAAGCCAAAGCGGCGAGUAUCUAUGUCUGGCUAUAAUUUUGGCCGAUUCCGUAUCUCUUCCUCCAGGAAGACUAUUAUAUGCUGAAUAUAGACUUUGCAUAAGGGAUCAAAUCCGUGGUCAACAUGAGGAAAUAACAGAUGCUUCUUGGUUUUCUACCUCUAGUAAGUGUUUAUACAUGGAGUUCUUGUCACUGAGUGCUCUUCAUGACCCGUCAAGGGGCUUCCUGGUAAAUGAUACUUUGAUUGUUGAAGGACAAAUUAAGUUUUCAACAGCAGUCAAGAGGUUUUCCUGAAUGCCUGAAGGUACAAAUUAGAGGCAGUUACAUGGAGUGACGUGCAUGCAUGGAUUGACAUAUUUUUUGAAAGCUAACCAUGUGGAGUUACUUUACCAUCUUUUGUAAAAACUCUUUUUGGAAAGAUGUAAUUGUAACUUAUAUUCGUCUUCUUUUGACGUUGGGAAGUUGUAUAACACUGAACUUUCUUUCUAAAUCCGUACUUAUGUAAUUAGUGGGCCGUUGUGCCAUGGAUGUAUUAUUUUGGAACCAAUGGAAUUGGGAGUGUAACUUGUGGAGAUGGAAAUGGUUAACUCUUUUGGGUAUUAUGUUAUAUAUUGAGUAUUUUAUUUAUUGAAA